AUGGUUUCUGGCUCUGUGUUAUCCUUACAUGAUGGGUCUCCCUUAGCUGAUGGGUCUGAAUAUCGAAACAUAGUUGGUGCAGUUCAAUAUUGCACCUUUACGCGUCAUGAUAUAGCAUAUUGUGUCAGUAAGCUAUGUCAAUUCAUGCACCAACCAAUUGGUGCUCAUUGGUUUGUAGUGAAACACUUACUCCGAUAUCUCAAAGGUACGCCUCACUUUGGUCUUCAUUUUCAAAAGUCUUCUGAUUUCUCUCUUCACUGCUACACCAAUGCGGAUUGGGCCUCUUGCCCGAAUGAUAGCCGUAGUACCAGUGGAUAUUGCAUUUUUCUUUGGGGCAAUCUUGUCUCUUGGUCUUCAUUAAAUAGGAGGUUGUCUCCCGCUCCAGCAUGGAAGCUGAAUAUUGAAACAUUGCCAAUUGUACAGAUGAAAUUACUUGGUUAA